CUAUUUUAGGGUUUACAGUAAUGAAACGCUGCAUGGCAUCUCCCUGUCACCAUGGUCAUUUUGGACUUCCUCACAUGGGGCGCAGUUAGUCCAGCAGGAUCAGAUGGGCGACACUGUAAACACACUGCGCUCUUCACAUUGGACACACCAGAUAUUUGGCUUUAUUCGUCUCUCCACAAGAGCUAAACGAUGGGUGAUAUUUACCAAUAUCCCGUUUUCUUCGAGUGUCACAGGCUGCUCGCGGGGCAGAUUGAGAAAAUAGAAAAGUAUUUGCGUGUUCGCCGCAAAUCAGGCGGAGGGGACUGCGGAGCGCUGACGCGUGUGGAUGAAAACGUCUACAGCCUUGCUUUCAAAUAUGAGGAAAAUCAGCAGGCAGUGCUUCAGAGAUCUGAGCAUGUUGUGGAUGGUCUGGUGAUCACUGUCCGAGGCAGCCUGGAACCUCGCACCCCCUCUCCCAUCACCACCUCCACUGCAGCUCAGAGCCCACAGGCCAUUCCUGCCUCAACUCCUCCACCAAGUGGUAAAGAAUAUGAACUACAACUUGAUACUUACCUCCUUCGUUACCUAAAGGAAUGUCCCAAGGCUGGGAAAGAACUAGAGAAAGAACUCGCCUCUGUGGCCUGCUCUGCCCAGCUUUACCCAGAGGAGGGGAGGGUUUUAGUCAGGAGUUUAGCUCAACCUGGUGCUGUAGAUGAAGCUAGAAAUUGGAAAGUCAAGGUAGACAAAAUCUUUGAUGGCUACCUGUGCCACUAUGAGGUGUUCCCUCACAAAGUUAAAGCUUUGCUUCAGUCCUGCAGCUCUGAUCAGACCACAGAUGAGGUGAAAGUGUACAGCGAGCUUAGGAUGGCUGUUGUGGUUGGGAAACAUUCUCAGGUGAACGCCAGGUUGAUGGAUGUAGAGGACAGGUCAGGUUUAAGUGAGAAGCAAACCAGCAUUCGUCGACUGGGCAAGGCCAAGCUCCGCCUCCUCUGGAAAGAGAUUGAGCACAGUUUGCGACGAGAUUUUCCAGGAGUGAAGGUCACGCAGGGAGAUGCAGGUCAGUUAGUUUUGGAAGGCUCUGUGGAGGACAUUCUUAGGGCUGGAGAUUGGAUCUCUGAUAAGGAGAAUUUGGUGUUAGAAAAGACAGUUUCUGAUAGGAGCCCACAUUUUUUGGCCUUUCUAAGGAAGGCAUACGGAGGUCCGGGGGUGCUAAGUGACUUUUUAGGGGUUGGUAACAAAGUGGAAGUAGAGUUACGAGACACAGAGCUACGUUUCUUCACUCUCUCUGCUGAUAAACUGGAUGACACAGAGAAAAAACUGCAAGAAAAAUUCAAGGAAGUCAAGAUUGAUGUGCCUAACUGCUCUGCUGUGCCAUCUGAGCUUCGGGAAAAGCUGAAGUCCAAGACAAAUGAGAUGAACCAAGGGCAACAUAGGGCUCAGGUCGUGUUUGGCUCAGACAGCGCAGUGUGCUUACUGGGCCACACGAAAGAGGUUGAAGAGCUGAGUGAAGCUGUCAUACAGUUUAUUUUGGACCAGUCUAGCGUGCAAAGCAGGGUUGCACAGAAUUUGGCAUCUUUAAGUUUACGUGAAGUAAACACAACAGUGGCUAGCUACAGCCUUCGUGACGGGCUCCAGGUGCUGGUGUGUCAGGGUGACAUCACCAAACAGGAUGCUGAUGCCCUGGUGAACGCUGCCAAUGAAGACCUGGACCACUGUGGAGGUGUUGCUGCUGCCCUGAGUAAAGCAGGCGGCCCUGAAGUACAGAGUGAAAGCAGUGACUUAGUAAAGUAUAUUGGGAAAGUCCCUAAAGGUGAAGUGGUAGUGACCACAGGGGGGAGCUUAAACUGCAAGAAACUGCUGCAUGCUGUUGGGCCUGUUGGUGGAGAAGCAGGUGGCAGAGAAAGGAUCUUACUCAAAAAAACUGUCCAUUCUGCUCUGAAUUUAGCAGAAAUCAUGGAGUUCCAGUCUAUAGCCAUGCCCUGUAUCAGCUCAGGCGUGUUUGGUGUUCCUGUCACUGUGUGCUCUGAGGCUAUUGUAACUGCUGUUAAAGAGUUUGGCAGUCAGGGAGGGCGAAGUCUGAGCAGAAUAAUCCUGAUUGAUAACAGAGGAGAGGUGGUGAGGGCCAUGCAGGAAGCAUGUGACAGACUUCUCCAAGUGACACAAUCCGGAAACGGUGCACCAAGUGAUUUGGGAUUCCAGAUGGAUGUUUCCCAAGAUGACACAGAAAAAGGAGUGACUGCUGGAGCUCCUGGAGAUGGUGUCAGUCUAGAGAUCAUUCAGGGAACCAUCGAGACCCAGCAGGUGGAUGCUCUGGUAUCGCCCAUGGUUGGCCAUGAUCCUCUCUCUACCCGUGUUGGAAACACUUUGUCCAAGAUGGUUGGAUCCCAGCUGACUGCAGGAUUUAGAAAGAAAGCAGGAGAAGAAACGCUGCCUGGUGACACAGUCCUGGUGGAGGGCUUGCCUGGACUUCCAUCUAAUGCAGUGUUCUUCGUCAACCUCGUUCCCUGGGAUGAUGACCAGGAUGGAAUUGCAGUCCAGGUUCUGAGACUGGGCAUCAACACAAUCCUAACUUCCUGUGAGAAUAGAGGGUUUGGAUCUGUUGCUCUCCCUGUGCUCGGGGCUUGGAUUGCCCUGCAUUUUCCUGACAGCGUGGUAGCCAGGGUUCUACUGGAGGAAGUUCAUAAGUUUGACCUGAACCGAGACAGCAGAACACCAUUGCUGGUCCGCAUCAUCAUCCACCCCAGUGACGAAAAGUCUAGUGAGGUGUUCACAUCUGUCCAGGAAGCUUUCCAACUGAAAAGAUUAACAAAAGAUGUUCACCAACCAGACCAAGUGUCAACUCCAAAGAGGAUUGUCCUGCUGGGAAAAACUGGAUCUGGGAAAAGCAACCUAGCUAACACCAUAUCUGGAGAGAAAUUUUUUACCACAAACCAUUCUCCCAACUCUGGAACACGAAAAUGUCAAGCAGAAACCAAAUCUGUCAAUGGAAGAAGCAUCACUUUGAUCGACACUCCUGGUUUCAUUGAUGCAGAAAGGUCUGAGGAGGACAUGAAGCCUGAGAUAGUGAGGUGUAUCACAGAGUGCGCCCCUGGGCCUCAUGCUUUUCUCAUUGUGCUUAAAGUGGAGAGAUUCACAGAGCAGGAGCAGGCUGUCAUCACUAAAAUAUGCCAGUAUUUCUCUGAAGAUGCUCUAAAAUAUGCUGUAAUUGUCUUCACUCAUGGUGACCAGCUCCCGAAAGGAAUGAAAAUUGAGGAGUUUGUCAGUCAGAAUAAGAAUCUGAGUUGUCUGGUGAAGAAGUGCGGAGGCCGGUGCCACGUCAUUGAUAAUAAAUACUGGAAGAACAAAGUGCAGAACAACUACAGGAGCAACCAUUUCCAGGUGGAGGACCUACUCAACACAAUAGACAAGAUGGUGAUGGAAAACAAUGGAGGCUAUUAUGUCAAUAUGAUGUUACAAGCAGUGGAGAAAGAAAUACAGAGAGAGGAAGAGCACAUAAGACAGACAUCAGGAAACAUGCCAGUGGAAGAGAUCAGGAAACAGGCUAAAACCAGAGUGUCUGAGAAGUUUCUGAUCCAACUGGCAGGUACUGCAACAGGAGCAUUGUUAGGAGCUUUUUUUGGUGUGGUAGAAAGGGUUGGAUUAGUUAUCGAAGCUCUGCAGAACGUUAAAGAGUUAAUGACACUCGCAAAAGGAAUUCCAGCACUAGGUGGAGCAGCAGCAGGAGGAGCAGAAGUAGCAGUCGCUGCUGGAGUCGUGGCAGGUGUGACUGCAGCAGGCUUUGCUGCAGCAGGAGCAGUAAUAGGUGGUGGUAUUGGACAGGAUGCAGCUGAGGGAGCAGAAACACCAUGGGAGGCAGCAAAGAUGGCAGCUAAUGCUGUCAUCAACAAAAGAAAAGCUACAUUAUAG